AUUUUCUGGAAUGCAGGAUGUCAGAUGGUUGCCCUGAACUUCCAGACACCAGACAUCAACAUGCAGUUGAACCAGGGCAAGUUUGAGUACAAUGGAAAUUGCGGGUAUUUGCUGAAACCAGACUUCAUGCGCCGACCUGACCGAACAUUUGACCCAUUUUCUGAAAGUCCUGUUGAUGGUGUUAUAGCGGCUCACUGCUCAGUUCAG